AUGGAGCUGCAAUGGGAGAUCAUGUCCAUACUAUGUAGACCUGGGCCCAGACCCGGCUUCCAAAGCAAUUACUGUGUGUGCGGCAUCCCCGCCAGACGUUUGACACCGAUCUGCUGCGCGAAACCGAAGAUAUCCUACUUUGGGAGCGUUCGCACCGUGCCCUGGUCGACGCCGCCGCCCUGUCCCCAGUCACCUGGCCCCGCUCUCCGGUCUACGCGGCCCUGCUGGAUUCGAUUCAGACCGGGAGACGUUCACGUGCGGACGUCUAAUGCGGACGGGCUAUUCCUGGCGCAUGGGCUGGAGGAGAGCCGGCUGUCGACGCCGCAGGGCGCGUAUCGGUAUUUGCAGUGCUUGGCGAAUUGUCGGUCUGAUGCGGUGAUUGAGGCUGCUCGAAAGGUGGUGAUUAUGGAGUUGGGCGUGGAGAUGUCGACGCCUGGGGUGUUGGGGUGGGAGAAUGAGGAGCUUGUUGAGGAAGGCGAGGGAAAGAUCAAGGUGAUUCGGGUUGAGUUGGGAGAUACCGCUUUGGUGCCUGCGGAAUUAGAGAAAAUGGGGCUGGCCACGAGUGUAGAGGGCGAUCUGAAUGAUGUGCUGAGGGUGAUCCAGGACAGAGAGGCGUGA